GAGGCAGUGCGCGGGCCUUGGCCACUCAGGUGGGCGCCAGGCCCCGGCUCUGGUGAGAGCGCGGGCUGUGCAGAGUCCGGUACCUGGAGACGCUUCCUCGCGACCCCCGCGCCGGCGGGACCGGGCGGCCGGCAUUAUGACCCUGUUUCACUUUGGGAACUGCUUCGCCCUCGCCUACUUCCCCUACUUCAUCACGUACAAGUGCAGCGGCCUGUCUGAGUACAACGCCUUCUGGAAAUGCGUCCAGGCCGGAGUCACCUACCUCUUUGUGCAGCUGUGCAAGAUGCUGUUCUUGGCCACUUUCUUUCCCACCUGGGAAGGUGGCAUCUAUGACUUCAUUGGGGAGUUCAUGAAGGCCAGCGUGGAUGUGGCGGACCUGAUAGGCCUAAACCUUGUCAUGUCUCGGAAUGCUGGCAAGGGGGAGUACAAGAUCAUGGUUGCUGCCCUAGGCUGGGCCACCGCUGAGCUCAUUAUGUCCCGCUGCAUCCCGCUCUGGGUCGGAGCCCGGGGCAUUGAGUUUGACUGGAAAUACAUCCAGAUGAGCAUUGACUCCAACAUCAGUCUGGUCCAUUACAUCGUUGCAUCUGCCCAGGUCUGGAUGAUAACACGCUAUGACUUGUACCAUACCUUCCGUCCAGCCGUCCUCCUGCUGAUGUUCCUUAGUGUCUACAAGGCCUUUGUCAUGGAGACCUUUGUCCACCUAUGUUCACUGGGCAGCUGGACAGCACUGCUGGCCCGAGCAGUUGUCACAGGCCUGCUAGCCCUCAGCACCUUGGCCCUGUAUGUCGCCGUUGUCAACGCACACACCUAGACUUGGUGUCCCAAACAUACCUUUUCCCUGUUUUCUCCAGGUUUUAGUGAAGUAAACUAUUAGGAAAGUUG